AUGGCCCUCAGAUCAGAGCGCGUCACCUCCUACAGGAAUUCUAGCGAGAAGGUGGAUCUGCAGGCUGCGUUCUGUGCUUUAGACACAACACAGCAGCCCCAGACAGAACAUGGCACCCUGGGUGCUGCCCGCCCAGAACCGAAGCCUGUGCCCAGCUGGCUUCUCGUCUUUAUCCUGCAAAGUCGCACGGCCAACUGUCCCUCUAACCGAGAGAAGGAGCUGGUGACGGGCUGCUUCCUGCUGCUGUACCGGAGCAAAUGCUGGGAUCGGGAUGCGGAUGAUGUCAGCCCUCCGAGGGAUGUAUCAAGCGGCGUCCCCUGUGUCUGGCUGACAAGAGGCGCAUAUAAGGGAGGAGCUGCCUGCAGCACCAGAGCCGGGCCAUGUGCACAGAGGGGCCGCACUGAGCCUUCCCACUCCUCGGCCGUCAGUCCUUCUGGACUUGCUUCGGGACGUCGGUCAGUCAUCAAGAGACCAGGAGGCAGGAUGUUCUGGAGGCUGGCCCUGUUGGCUUUGUGGGCGUCUUCCACCUUGCUUGCUGCUGACCGAGAUGAUGGUGCUUCCUUCAACCUUUUCAGUAUCAGCAACAUAAACCGCAAGACCAUUGGUGUCAAGCAGUUCCGAGGGCCUGACCCCAGCGUGCCGGCAUACCGGUUCGUCCGUUUUGACUAUAUCCCGCCGGUGAAAGCUGAUGACCUCAGCAAGAUGGCCAAGAUGAUGCGACAGAAGGAGGGCUUCUUCCUGGUGGCCAGCCUGAAGCAGGACCGCAAGUCCCGGGGCACCCUGCUGGCCUUGGAGGGCCCGGGCACCGCACAGCGACAGUUCGAAGUCAUCUCCAAUGGCCCGGCCGACACGCUGGACCUCAUCUACUGGGUGGAUGGGAUGCAGCACGUCAUCUCCCUAGAGGAUGUGGGCCUGGCCGACUCCCAGUGGAAGAACAUCACGGUGCAGGUGACGGGUGAGACCUACAGCCUGUAUGUGGGCUGCGACCUGAUGGACAGCUUCACGCUGGAUGAACCCUUCUACGAGCAGCUCCAGACGGAGAAGAGCAGGAUGUACGUGGCCAAAGGGUCCUCCCGGGAGAGCCACUUCAGGGGUUUGCUUCAAAAUAUGUACUUAGUUUUUGAAAAUUCUGUGGAAGAUGUUCUAAGCAAGAAAGGGUGUCAGCAAGGCCAGGAAGUGGAGGUCAACGCCAUCAGUGAGAACACGGAGACCCUCCACCUGAGCCCACACAUCACAACAGAGUACGUGGGCCAGAGCUCGGAGAAGAAGCCAGAAGUGUGUGAGCGCUCCUGUGAAGAGCUGGGCCACAUGAUCAACGAGCUCUCGGGGCUGCACGUGAUCGUGAACCAGCUGCACGAGAACCUGAAGAAAGUGUCGAAUGACAACCAGUUCCUCUGGGAGCUUGUCGGUGGCCCCCCUAAGACCAGGAAUGUGACCGCGUGCUGGCAGGAUGGCAGGUUCUUUGCGGACAACGAGACCUGGGUGGUGGACAGCUGCACCACCUGCACGUGCAAGAAAUUUAAAACUGUUUGCCAUCAAAUCACGUGCCCACCAGUGACGUGUGCGAACCCAUCCUUCCUGGAAGGUGAAUGCUGCCCUUCCUGCUUCCACCCCACGGACAGCGACGAGGGCUGGUCUCCUUGGGCAGAGUGGACUGAAUGCUCUGUUACCUGCGGCUCUGGGACCCAGCAGAGAGGAAGGUCGUGUGAUGUCACCAGCAACACCUGCCUGGGGCCCUCCAUCCAGACCAGGCUGUGCAGCCUGGGCAAGUGUGACAACCGCAUCCGGCAAAAUGGCGGCUGGAGCCACUGGUCCCCCUGGUCCUCCUGCUCCACCACCUGUGGGAUCGGCAACAUCACACGCAUCCGGCUCUGCAACUCCCCGGUCCCGCAGAUGGGCGGCAAGAGCUGCAAGGGGAGCGGCCGGGAGACGAAGAUGUGCCAGGGUCCCCCCUGCCCCAUUGAUGGCCGGUGGAGCCCCUGGUCCCCGUGGUCAGCCUGCACGGUCACAUGUGCCGGCGGCAUCCGAGAGCGCACGAGAGUCUGCAACAGCCCAGAGCCCCAGCACGGAGGGAAGGCCUGUGCCGGCGACACCAAGGAGCAGCACAUGUGCAACCGGAAGAGCUGCCCUGUCGACGGGUGUCUGUCCAACCCCUGCUUCCCGGGAGCGGAGUGCAGCAGCUUCCCCGACGGCUCCUGGUCCUGUGGGCCCUGUCCGGUCGGCUUCCUGGGCAAUGGCACCCACUGCGAAGACUUAGAUGAGUGUGCUGUUAUCACGGACAUCUGCUUCACAACAAACAAGGCUUCCCGCUGUGUGAACACCAACCCCGGCUUCCACUGCCUGCCCUGUCCCCCACGCUACAAGGGAAGCCAGCCGUUCGGGGUUGGCCUGGAGUCGGCCAGGACAGAGAAGCAGGUUUGUGAACCCGAGAACCCGUGCAAAGACAAGACGCACCACUGCCACAGGAACGCCGAGUGCAUCUCCCUGGGCCACUUCAGUGACCCCAUGUACAAGUGCGAGUGUCAGACGGGCUACGCCGGGGACGGCCUCAUCUGCGGGGAGGACUCGGACCUGGAUGGCUGGCCCAACAAGAACCUGGUCUGCGCCACCAAUGCCACUUACCAUUGCAUCAAGGAUAACUGCCCCCAUCUGCCUAAUUCUGGGCAAGAAGAUUUUGACAAGGAUGGAAUUGGGGACGCUUGUGAUGAGGAUGAUGACAACGAUGGUGUGAGCGAUGAAAAGGACAAUUGCCAGCUUCUAUUCAACCCCCGCCAGCUCGACUAUGACAAAGAUGAGGUUGGGGACCGCUGUGACAACUGCCCGUAUGUGCACAACCCGGCGCAGAUCGACACAGACAACAAUGGCGAGGGAGACGCCUGCUCCGUGGAUAUCGACGGGGACGAUGUCUUCAAUGAGAGAGACAAUUGUCCCUACGUCUACAACACUGACCAGAGGGAUACCGAUGGUGACGGGGUGGGAGAUCACUGUGACAACUGUCCCCUCAUGCACAAUCCUGACCAGACCGACAUGGACAAUGACCUUGUUGGGGACCAGUGUGACAACAACGAGGACAUCGAUGAGGACGGCCACCAGAACAACCAAGACAACUGCCCCUACAUCUCCAACGCCAACCAGGCCGACCACGACAGUGAUGGCCAGGGUGACGCGUGUGACUCGGACGAUGACAACGACGGCAUCCCCGAUGACAGGGACAACUGCAGGCUCGUCUUCAACCCAGACCAGGAGGACUCAGACGGUGAUGGACGGGGUGAUGCUUGUAAAGACGACUUCGACAAUGACAGUGUCCCAGACAUUGAUGACGUGUGUCCUGAAAACAAUGCCAUCAGCGAGACCGACUUCAGGAACUUCCAGAUGGUCCACCUGGACCCCAAGGGCACUACUCAGAUCGACCCCAACUGGGUGAUCCGUCACCAAGGCAAGGAGCUGGUUCAGACGGCGAACUCUGACCCUGGCAUUGCCGUAGGUUUCGAUGAAUUUGGAUCUGUUGACUUCAGUGGCACGUUCUAUGUCAAUACCGACCGGGAUGAUGAUUACGCCGGCUUUGUCUUCGGCUAUCAGUCCAGCAGCAGGUUCUAUGUGGUGAUGUGGAAGCAGGUCACUCAGACUUACUGGGAGGACAAGCCCACGAGGGCGUACGGCUACUCAGGGGUGUCCCUCAAAGUGGUCAACUCUACGACGGGCACGGGCGAGCAGCUGCGGAAUGCACUGUGGCACACGGGGAACACAGAAGGCCAGGUGCGGACAUUAUGGCAUGACCCCAAAAAUAUUGGCUGGAAAGAUUACACAGCCUACAGGUGGCAUCUUAUUCACAGACCCAAGACGGGUUACAUAAGAGUGUUAGUGCAUGAAGGAAAGCAGGUCAUGGCCGACUCAGGGCCGAUCUAUGACCAAACGUACGCUGGAGGGCGGCUGGGUCUGUUUGUCUUCUCUCAAGAGAUGGUGUAUUUCUCGGACCUCAGAUAUGAAUGCAGAGUGACCAACUAG